AUGGCCACCUCAACUUCCACAACAUUCUGGAAACCAGCCGCGCUGCCGAUUUUCACAGGCCUGCUCGCCCUCUUUGGGGCCGCAGACGGCAUCAUCAACCUCGCCAACCCCGAGUCCGGCGCCGCGACAUUCGGCCUCGUCCCGCCCACCAAGGCCUCCGUGGCGCCCUCCCAGUUUGACGCCUUCCACCAUGCGCUCAUCAAGGUCAAGGGCGCACGCAAUCUGCACAUGACCUCGAGCAUCCUGGGGCUUCUCCUCUACGGCCAUUUCUCCGAUACCUGCCGCGCGUCGCCGGAGGCAGCAACCGCAGUGCGACGGUGCGUGGGUAUUGUGCUGACGCUGGGCGCUGGCGUGGGACUCAGCGGCGCCGCCGUCAUUUCAGAGUAUUUGAAGAGUGCCGAGAGCUCGAAGAAGGCGGUAGACGUCGGGAGGUCCAAGGCCAAGGCGCAUCUGUUUACGAGCGUGCCGAUCUUUGCCUUGGGGAUGUUUUAUUUGUUUUAUUGA